GGCGAUGCGCUGGUGUGAUCCGGCUCACGUACGGAACGAGGGCUGCCUUCGCCUCCUCCCCCGCGCCGCGGUCACGGCCUAGAGGUUAUAAAAGGGCUAACUGGCUCCCUCUGCUGCCCAGUUGCGCUGCCAGCGGCUUGACGGGCGGGACAAGGUAGCGGGCCCGGGUACUGGAGACGGGGACGUGAGGAGCCGCUCCGCUGCCGUCCGCUCCCGCUUCCCAGGUGUGUGAACCUGUAACAUUAUGUCUUCGAAGAUGAUCUGGCAUAUUUUGAUUGUAGGAAUUAUGUUUCCCUGGUCUUUGGCCCAUCCAGGCUUUUUUACUUCAAUUGGUCAAAUGACUGACUUAAUCCGUACUGAGAAAGACCUGGUGAUUUCCCUGAAAGACUAUAUUAAGGCAGAAGAGGACAAACUACAACAAAUAAAAAAAUGGGCAGAGAAGUUAGAUCGACUUACCAGCACAGCAACAGAAGAUCCAGAAGGGUUUGUUGGACACCCUGUAAAUGCCUUCAAGUUAAUGAAACGUCUGAAUACUGAGUGGAGUGAACUGGAGAAUCUGGUCCUUAAGGAUAUGUCAGAUGGUUUUAUCUCUAACCUAACUAUUCAGAGACAGUACUUCCCUAAUGAUGAAGAUCAGGUUGGGGCGGCUAAAGCUUUGUUGCGUCUCCAGGACACCUACAAUUUGGAUACAGACACCAUCUCCAAGGGUAAUCUUCCAGGAGUAGAACUCAAGUCUUUUCUAACUGUUGAAGACUGUUUUGAGUUGGGCAAAGUGGCCUAUACAGAAGCAGACUAUUAUCAUACAGAACUAUGGAUGGAACAGGCAUUGAGGCAACUGGAUGAAGGCGAGGUUUCUACCAUUGACAAAGUCUCUGUUCUAGAUUAUUUGAGCUAUGCUGUUUAUCAGCAGGGAGACUUGGAUAAAGCACUUCUGCUCACAAAGAAGCUUCUUGAACUAGAUCCUGAACAUCAGAGAGCUAAUGGUAACUUAAAAUAUUUUGAGUAUAUAAUGGCUAAAGAAAAAGAUGAUAAUAAAUCAACUUCAGAUGACCAAUCUGAUCAGAAAACCACACUGAAGAAAAAAGGGGUUGCUGUGGAUUACCUGCCAGAGAGACAGAAGUAUGAAAUGCUGUGCCGUGGGGAGGGUAUCAAAAUGACUCCUCGGAGACAGAAAAAACUUUUCUGCCGCUACCAUGAUGGAAAUCGGAACCCAAAAUUUAUUCUGUCUCCAGCCAAACAGGAAGAUGAAUGGGAUAAACCUCGUAUUAUUCGCUUCCAUGAUAUUAUUUCUGAUGAAGAAAUUGAAAUUGUCAAAGAUCUAGCAAAGCCAAGGCUGAGGCGAGCCACCAUUUCAAACCCAAUAACAGGAGACUUGGAGACGGUACAUUACAGAAUUAGCAAAAGUGCCUGGCUCUCUGGCUAUGAAAACCCUGUGGUGUCUCGAAUUAAUGAAAGAAUACAAGAUCUAACGGGACUGGAUGUUUCUACAGCAGAGGAAUUACAGGUAGCAAAUUAUGGCGUUGGUGGACAGUAUGAACCUCAUUUUGACUUUGCACGGAAAGAUGAGCCAGAUGCUUUUAGAGAACUGGGAACAGGAAAUAGAAUCGCUACAUGGCUGUUUUAUAUGAGUGACGUAUCAGCAGGAGGAGCCACUGUUUUCCCUGAAGUAGGGGCUAGUGUUUGGCCGAAAAAGGGAACUGCUGUUUUCUGGUAUAAUCUGUUUGCCAGUGGAGAAGGAGAUUAUAGUACUCGGCAUGCGGCCUGCCCUGUGCUAGUUGGAAACAAAUGGGUGUCCAAUAAAUGGCUUCAUGAACGUGGACAAGAAUUUCGAAGACCCUGCACCUUGUCAGAAUUGGAAUGACAAAUAGGCUUCUCUUCCUCUCCUUUUGUACUUUUCAAUGUGUCUGAUGCACACAUUUCCCAGUCUUAACUUCCAAGAGUUUACAAUUGACUAACACUCCAUGAUUGAUUCAGCCAUGAACCUCACCGAAUGUUUCAUCUGUGGACAAUCAAUAACUUCGUGGGUUGGGUUUUUUGUUUUUUUUUUUCUGUUUGAAAGUAACACUAAAUCACCACAUUAUUUUAUACCUAAAAUCUUGAAGUUCAGUUGGUAUUGCAGAAAAUCAAACAAGGCAGAUUUUUUUAAAUGAGGAUUUUUUUUUUACACUUAUAUUAUUUUAAAGAAUUUUUUGGUUUGACCAAAAAUACAACUUAGGCAUCUGAUUAUAAUAUUUUACUACAUCUUAGUUGGUGAGUGGUAGGUUAGAAUGGACCAUAUGAUUAAAGAUACCUUAUGUUUACCAAGAGUUGCUCUUUUUAAUUUUUUUUUUGCAUUUGCCUACAGACCAGGGUUAAGUCAGGACUCUAAUCUGUAUUCCCUACAGUGUUUUGCCCUUUACAUACAUUAUUACUUUUUUUUCCACUUUCUUUAAUUUUUUAAAAUUUUUGAUAGGAUAUAGAGAAAUUGAGAGGGGAGGAGAGAUAGGGAGAGAGCGAGAGAGAGAGAGAGAGAGAGAGACAGAAGCAGACCUGCUUCACUGCUUGUGAAGCGUCCCCCUGCAGGUGGGGAGUGGGGGCUUGAACCAGGAUGCUUGUGCAUGGUGAUAUGUGCACUUAACUGGGUACACCGCUGCCCAGCCUCUUCAUACUCUAUUCUAAGGUCAUUUUGUUUGCCACAAGUCUUUUUAAAAAAGAAACUGUGUUGAAUUUAACCAAUCACCUUCUCUCCUAGCUCCUCAGUGGUGAAUUAAGUCUAUUCAAGUCAAAUAGUUUGAUUCAAGAAAUGUUUUUUUAACAGAAAGUCCUGCAUGACAACACUGGGCCAUCUUACCCCAAAUGAUCUUCACUUAAUUUAUUUUUUUUCUUUUUCUUUUUUUGUUAAAUGACUGCCCAUAAAAUUUGCUGGUUUUCUUUUCUGAUAAUCCACUACCUUCAGACCAGCCAUAAGUUGCUGGUUUCUUUACUGUUAAUACCCUGUCUCUUUUUCUUGUUAUAACAAGGGGGUAUUAGAAUUUGUGAUUAAAUAAAUACUGUGCCUUAGGAGACUGGAAAUUUAAAAAUGUAGAAGUUCUUUCAAUCAUGAGGGAAAUGAUAAGAAAAAGCCAAAAUGUAUGUUUUUUUUCAAUCCAGAAAUGUGUUGUGACAAUAACCUAUUUAUGAUCUUAAAUCUUUUAAAAAAAUG